AUGGGAAAAGCCAAGAUUGCGAUUGAGAGGAUUGACAAUUCAACCAACAGACAAGUCACUUUCUCAAAGAGACGAAGUGGUCUGUUCAAGAAAGCAAGAGAGCUUGCGAUCCUCUGUGACGCACAGAUUGGUGUUAUUGUGUUCUCCAGCACCCACAAGCUCUAUGAAUAUGGAAGCUCCAGCCUGAAGUCAAUUAUUGACCGAUACACUAAGCAAAUAGAGGAACAUCAUCAUCCACUCAUGAAUUCCGACUCAGAAGCCAAGUUUUGGCAAAGAGAAGCAACGAUCCUGAGGCAAGAACUUCAACAUUUGCAGGAAUUGCACAGGCAUUAAUGAAGUGAAGAAUUUGGAAAAUCAACUGGAGAUGAGUUUAAAACG